UCCCUGUCGUCCUAUCUGUCUGCCAGAUCUCCUGCUCAUAGUUGAGGCUCAAACAGUGUGCUCUGUGGAUGUCACUAUAGUGGCAUUCACCGUGCGGAGAUGAAACUGUUCACGCCCCUCACACGUUAUCUUCCCCCCCUGGCACUAUCAACCCGCAUUGCACAGUCCUUGCCAUACCUCCCAGAGGAAGCAGACUGGAAUCUCAAUCAAAAUCAGACAGCGACAUACCCUCUCGACUACUCCGGCCAGUGGGAGGGCCACUCCUAUACCCCCUCACCGGACAACUGGCGGUUUCCCUUCUACACGAUAUUCCUCGAUAGAUUCGUUAACGGCGAUCCGAGCAACGAUGAUGCAAAUGGCACGCAGUGGGAACAUAUCCUGACCUCCAACCAGUUCCGCCAUGGCGGCGACGUUCUUGGUUUGGUUGAUACUUUCGACUACCUGCAGGGAAUGGGGAUCAAGGGUGUCUAUCUUGCUGGAACGCCGUACAUCAACUGGCCCUGGGGUGCUGAUGGCUACUCUCCGCUUGACCUGACUCUGCUGGAUCAUCACUUCGGGACGAUCGAGGACUGGCGCACCAUGAUAUCAGAGGCUCACAGACGGGGGAUUUAUGUGCUGUUUGACAAUACUUUCGCGACAAUGGGCGAUCUUAUCGGUUUUCAGGGGUUCUUGAACAGGUCCGCGCCGAUCAACCCCAAAGAGUACGACUUCGUCUGGAAGUAUAGCCGUCGGUAUUGGGACUUUCAGCCUGGCAAUGAAGUUGAAGCUGAAUGCCCCUGGGAGUAUCCACGAUUCUGGGAUGAUGACGCCAACGGCUUAACCAACACAACUCUCGGCCCUUCAUGUCGGAAUAGCGAGUUCGAUCAGUAUGGAGAGGUCGCCGCCUUCGGAAACUACACUGAGUGGGAGGGGCAGAUUUCCAAAUUCGCAUUUGUGCAGGAUCGUCUGCGCGGAUGGCGACCAGAUGUCUUGGCGAAGAUCAAACACUUCUCGUGUCUGACCAUCACAAUGCUAGAUAUCGAUGGGUUUCGCGUCGACAAGGCUCUUCAAGUUACCCUGGAUUCCCUAGGCGAGUGGUCGGAGUCGAUGCGUGAUUGCGCCCGGCAGCUGGGCAAAGACAAUUUCUACCUCCCAGGAGAAAUCGUGUCUGGGAACGCCUAUGGCUCGCUGUACGUCGGUCGUGGUCAUCAGACAAACCAAACUAUCUCCAACCUCACCGAAGCCUUCAUGAUGACCAACAGGACCGACGCGGCACAUGAGGAUCUCUUCUUGCGACCGCCCGAGCAAUCUGCUCUGGACGGGGCGGCUUUCCACUACACCUUGUAUCGUGGAUUGAGCCGCUUUCUAGGCCUCGAUGGAAUCUACACAGCCGAAGGUGAUCCACCGGUCAACUUUGUCGAAACCUGGAAUGGCCUUGUUCAGACGAACGACAUGGUUAACCCAAACACCGGCAAGUUUGACCCUCGUCACCUGUUUGGCGUCACGAAUCAGGACGUGUUCCGAUGGCCCGGGAUUAUGAACGGCACCCACAAGCAGAACCUGGGAAUGUACAUCGUCUCGUUACUCAUGCCCGGAAUCCCCAUCCUCUCUUGGGGCGAGGAACAGGAUUUCUAUGUUUUGGACAACCAGGCAGAUAACUAUAUUUUCGGUCGUGGCCCCAUGUCAUCGGCGCAGGCAUGGCAGCUGCAUGGCUGCUACAAGCUUGGAGCGUCCAAAUAUGCCAAUUUUCCUCUGGAACGCUCGUUGACCGGCUGUGAAGAUGAUUCCGUCAGUCUCGAUCAUCGUGAUCCUUCGCACCCGGUGCGUGGCCUCAUCAAGCUGAUGUUCGAGAUGCGUCAGAACUACCCUGUUCUGAACGAUGGAUGGUACCUGCAGCAGCUGUCCAACCACACCAGGGACAUCUACCUUCCAGGGAGUAAUGGGACGCCGACCGAGACGGGAAUGUGGAGUGUCAUGCGGUCGCGUUUUGUGGAUCUGCAGAACUUCGAUGGCCAAGGCCAGGGCAAUCAGAGUAUCUGGCUGGUGUAUGCCAAUGACAACCAGACGGUCCAUCACGAGUUCAACUGUAGUGAUAAGGAUGCGUUCGUCUCGCCGUUUCCCGCCGGGACCACAGUGAAGAACUUGUUCCCUCCGUUCGAUGAAUAUUCGCUGGCCAACAGCUCGGUGACAUACGGAUUUGAAGGAUCGAAGCUGCCCAAUGGAUGCAUUUCACAAUUGACCAUGCCCGCUUGGGGGUUCAAAGCCUUUGUCCCGAAGGACAAAUUCGUGCAGCCCUCUCCGUACAUCACACGCUUCAAUCCCGGCCAUGAUGCUCGUCUUAUUCCCACGGGGAAAGAUGGAGAUACUGUACGGAUCAGCUUCGAGUUCUCACAGGAGAUGGACUGUGACAAGAUCACUGACUCCCUGACAAUCACGUCCAAAGCGCUCUACGACGAGACUGCCCGGCUUGACACCGACUCGACCUCUUGCAAGUCCUUUGCAGCGACCGACGUGGCGAAAUGGCCCGGCACUCUUACGAGUGUUUUCAGCUACGAGGCAGAUGUGUCCAACGUCUAUCCUGGGGUUCAUAGGAUCACCGUGAACAACGCGACCACUGCAGAUGGGAACCAAUCCACCGGCUCUGUCGACCACUUUCUUUUCCGGAUCGGAGAGACUAACAACCCCAUGGUCUGGCCGCAGCUGGCCAACUACAGUCGAACACUCCUGUUUGAAGCCCCGUCGUCCGCAGCUGAGCCUUUAUCAGUAAUGCCCCAAGCCCCGGGUGCAGACAUGUGGCGUUACUCGAUGGACUUCGGAGCCACAUUCAGUCCUUGGAUGACAUACACGGGCUUCAACACGUCGGUUCCUGCAAAGAAUUUCACCGGGACCGCAGACCAGGCCUGGGACGGCGAGCACAUUUUGACCCAAUACUGGAGCAAGCUUACAGGAAGUAGCGAUCACUGGCAGCAUGGCGAUACCCAGUGGGCUUUCAAACCACCGCGCCGCUUCCCCAACCUCUUCAUCGAAGGCGAGUUCAACCAGUUUGGGUACGACGCAGGCUACUCGAACAAGAUGGCUCUCAGCAACGUGACCGGCCAGUGGGAAAUCCACUUCAUGGGCGAAUGGCCCGUCCAGGUUGCAUUCAACGUCUGGGGCAUGAAUGAGAACGGCUUGCCCGACCAAACGCUCGUCUUUGGCGAUCUCGACGGAGAUAACGUCCUGGAUCAGGUUCCACCGGUCACGCUGCUGAGCAAUGUCUUCAACGUGACCAUCCCUCCUCCUUCGCCUUAUCUAGCUUUCAAGCUGUCGGUGGAUGACAGCGAGCUGAGAGUCUACGCUACCCCGACCGGCUCGCGCUGGGUGCAGCUGGCCCUGUUCAUUCUGCUGGCUGUUGUACCGGUCGCAACCGCGUUUGGCGCGGUGUAUGUCUACCUGAAGUCCUUCUACCAGGUCAAAUUCAAUCAGAUCGGUGUCACGGAGAAGCGUUCGAGCCUGGCUCCACUCUUGGGCGUGCUUCAGAAGGUGACACGCCCCUCCACCCCCGCCGGCGAUCGAGCGUCUAUGACCCCAACCCUCGCUGAAGCCGGCGGUGUCGUUGGCGCCAUGCUGAAUACUCCCCGGCGAACCGUCCUGAUUGCGACAAUGGAAUAUGACAUCGAGGACUGGGGCAUCAAGAUCAAGAUCGGAGGCCUGGGUGUGAUGGCUCAACUGAUGGGCAAAAACUUGACCCAUCAAGACCUCAUAUGGGUGGUUCCCUGUGUCGGCGGCGUCGACUACCCCCGAGACGAUCCCGGUGAGCCGAUGGUUGUCGCUGUACUUGGGAAUAAGUACCAAGUAGACGUCCAAUACCAUCGGCUGCACAACAUCACGUACGUCUUGCUCGACGCACCUGUGUUUCGGGCUCAGUCAAAGUCGGACCCAUACCCAGCCCGCAUGGACGACCUGGACUCGGCCAUCUUCUAUUCUGCCUGGAACCAAUGCAUCGCUGAAGCGAUCAAGCGGUUUCCAGCAAUCGACCUCUACCACAUCAAUGACUACCACGGCGCAGCCGCCCCGCUUUACCUUCUUCCCCGAACGAUCCCAUGCUGCCUGUCUCUGCACAACGCCGAAUUUCAAGGCCUGUGGCCGAUGCAAACCGCCCAGCAAAUCCAGGAGGUCUGUAAAGUGUUCAACCUGGACAAGGCGGUGGUGAAAAAGUACGUGCAGUUCGGCGACGUGUUCAACCUGUUACAUUGUGCUGCCAACUAUCUGAAGAUCCAUCAAAACGGCUUCGGUGCAGUCGGUGUAUCGAAGAAGUACGGAAAGAGAUCAUACGCGCGAUAUCCCAUCUUCUGGGGGCUCAAGAGCAUUGGAGCCUUGCCGAAUCCCGAUCCCUCAGACCUUGCUGAGUGGGAUCACAACGCCAGUAGCAGUCCCGAGGAGAUCACCAUCGAUGCCGAGUUCGAAGCCAACCGUGUCUCGCUCAAGAAACAGGCGCAGGAAUGGGCAGGGCUCAAGGUCGACCCCGACGCGGAGUUGUUUGUGUUCGUGGGCCGUUGGUCCAUGCAGAAAGGCGUUGAUUUGAUUGCGGACAUCUUCCCCUCGAUCCUCGAUGCGCAUCCGAAGGUCCAAUUGAUUUGCAUUGGACCAGUUAUCGAUCUCUAUGGACGCUUUGCUGCGUUGAAAUUGAACCGACUGAUGGAGCUGUACCCGGAGCGAGUGUUUUCUAAGCCGGAGUUCACUGCACUUCCUCCUUUCAUCUUCAGUGGCGCUGAGUUUGCCUUGAUUCCGUCAAGAGAUGAGCCGUUUGGGCUGGUGGCUGUCGAAUUCGGUCGGAAAGGCGCGUUGGGUGUGGGUUCGCGGGUCGGUGGUCUUGGACAAAUGCCAGGAUGGUGGUACACAAUCGAAUCCAUGACAACCAAACAUCUCACCCAGCAAUUCAAGCUGGCCGUCAACGACGCUCUGAGAUCAUCUCAAGAGACACGAGCCAUGAUGCGCGCACGAUCCGGCAAGCAGCGGUUCCCCGUGGCGCAAUGGGUUGAGGAUCUGGGCAUCCUCCAAAGCACCUCCAUCGAGAAGCACGCGAAAUACUCGAAUCGCCACGGUCGCAGUUCAUGGAGAAUAUCCGGAGCCAGCACUUUCGCUCCCGAGACCAUGGGGAAUGUGCGAUCCUCGUCAAGCUCUCACACCGAUUACGAGCAUGCCCGAUCACGCAGCUCGACCAUUUCGGGCUCGCCCAGCAGGCCAAUUACUAGUGAUCUGAGGCAAGCUGGCACACGACCGGGCCACAGCCGCGCUCCCUCUCUGACCGCAAAUGUGCCUUCCGGGGUUAAUGUCUACAACAGCGAGCCCGAAUCUGACGCCGAACCCAGACGCAGAACCAUGUCUUUCACCAAUCGCGUAGGCCCUCGAGUGGUGUACACGCUCGCUAAUGACGGGGAAGAACCCGAGUACACACCAAGGCCGGGUCAAGAGGAGGCUGGUCACCGGCCUUCGACUUCCCUCUCAAUGUCAGGAACACCCAAUGCGCCUCCUUUCUUUUCCCAUUCGGGGGCCAGCACGCCUACCCUCGUUCCAGGACCAGAGGAUGGCCUCCUGGGUCGCAGAAACUUGAGCCCAUCCAUGAUGAGCCUAGUCAGCGUCAACGAUAUCGUGAGGGAAAAGCAAGACUAUAACUUGCAGAAAGUCAGUCCAUUCUUCACGGAUGUCAACAACGAGUACGCAUACAAGUUUGAGAAGAAGCUUGCCGGUCUGAACGGCAAGAACUCCGAGGACCAGCUGUGCAUCGAGCUGUUUCUGGAGAAGAGUGAGAAAGACUGGUUUAAUCGAUACCGUGACAUCAAGCUGGGCAAGUCUGCUCUACCGUCUCCAUCUCCUUCCGUCCUCCGCUUUACGGUCCACGACAACAGUGAACCGGCGACCCCGGGUGUGACUGGUCCUGCUGAGGACCCUAUCGCUGGACAGUUUCUUCUCCCGAGGGAUUAUGUUCCUCCCACCGGAGUGAAGCGUUUUAUGUUGAUGAAGCUGGGUGAUUGGCCAGUGUAUUCCAUCGUCCUCGCUCUUGGGCAAAUCCUCGCUUUAAACUCGUACCAGAUCACCCUCUUAAAUGGCGAGAUCGGAGAGACGGCAGGGAAACUAUAUGUUCUGGCAUCGAUCUAUCUUGCGUCGUCGAUCGUAUGGUGGAUGGCCUUCCGUCUUGUGUCAUCCGUUUAUGUUCUAACGAUUCCUUUUCUGAUGUACGGGUUUGCCUUUCUUCUUGUCGGUGUUGCCGGUUCCAUCCACGACAGCGCAAGCCAAACAUGGCUGCAGAACGUGGGAACCGGCUUCUAUUCGUUUGCGUCUUCGAGUGGAUCGAUAUUCUUCGCCCUUAAUUUUGGCGAUGAAGGUGGAGCACCGCUAAGCGCUUGGAUCUACCGAGCCACCGUCAUCCAAGGCAGUCAACAGCUAUGCAUCAGUUUUCUCUGGUACUGGGGUAGCUGGAUGGCGAGUGUCAACCAGGAUGGCAGCACGCAGUUCAGUCUUAUGAUGACCAAUCCGGGCGCAUUGCUUGGAAUUGGGAUCGGUCUCGCCUUUGUCUUGUGGCUGCUGGGAGCCCUCGUCUUCUUUGGACUCCCUUCAUAUUAUCGACAAAAGCCAGGCCAAGUGCCGACAUUCUACGCAUCGCUCUUUCGGCGGCGCAUCAUCCUUUGGUUUUUCUAUAUGGUCUUCAUCUCCAACUACUGGCUGUCGGCACCAUAUGGACGGAACUGGCUCUAUCUAUGGUCCAGCAAGCACGCGAAGGUGUGGCACAUCGUCCUUCUCGUCGUGUUCUUCUUUAUUGGGGUCUGGGCGGCAGCUCUCUGGGUGUUCCACGUCUUUUCCAAGAGACAUGCCUGGUUCAUCCCGAUCUUCGCGAUCGGUCUGGGUGCUCCCCGCUGGGCUCAGAUGUUGUGGUCAACCUCCAACAUCGCCGCGUACAUUCCGUGGGCCGGCAGUCCCGUCGCCGGCGCCCUUCUCGGACGAGCACUGUGGCUCUGGCUAGGGGUCUUAGAUAGUCUUCAGGGUGUUGGCUUUGGAAUGAUCCUCCUGAACACGAUGACCCGGUUCCAUGUCACCUUUACCCUUCUGGCGGCGCAGGUGGUGGGCUCACUGGCCACAAUCCUGGCGCGGGCCACUGCACCGAACAAGCUCGGCCCCGGGGAUGUUUUCCCCGAUUUCUCGGCGGGAGUUGGCGCUGCCUUGGCGAAAGCUGACUUCUGGGUGUGUCUGCUGUUGAUGCUCUCCAUCAACGUGCUGUGUAUCUUCUUCUACCGCAAGGAGCAGCUCGCCAAGCCUUAAUCGCUGCUUGAGGUUUCGAGCGGUGUUUUGCUAUCGAUCUUGGGUUGUUUUCUUCUUCCUUUCUUGUUUUGCCUUGCCAAGCCCCGCGACAUUUUCUGGAGUCG